UGCAUACAUAUACGACAUCAGAGCUGGUGAAAGCAGAGAGGGGAGGAAAAACUGCGACGCAAGGAGGGAUCCCAGCAUCUCACUUCGCUGUGUAUUCAGCCCUAAGCUUCUCCCACUGGGAUAAACCCCAUGAAUGUAGGUGCUUAACAUCUCUAUUUCCAAAACAGUACUCCUCCUCCUCUAGUCUACAGUCAUGAACUACCUGCGCCGGCGUCUGUCGGACAGCACCUUUAUCUCCAACCUGCCUAAUGGCUACAUGUCAGACCUGCAGAAACCAGAUCCUCCUCAACCUCCCCCUCCUGGACCAGCAUCAGGACCAGCUCCAGUUUCCCCAGGCCAGGAGAGAAAACCCAUCCAACCCCAGCCUGUAGGAACGGGAUUCUUCAGCUCCAUCACCAGUGUGGUGAAGCAGACGGCCGCCUCAGCAGGGCUGGUGGAGCAAACGCCUGUGCCCGCAUCAUUCAAGAGACACAAGAUCCUGCUGGUCAUCGAUGAACCACAGGAGGACUGGGCCAAACUCUUUAGAGGGAAAAAGCUGAAUGGAGAUUAUGAUAUUAAAGUUGAACAGGCUGAGUUUGGUGACAUCAGUGUCGUGGCUCAUGCUAAUGGAUCAUGUAAUGUGGCUGUACAGGUUUUGCAGAAUGAAAACAAAGUUUUCAGGUCAUUUAAGCCUGACUUUGUCCUGAUCCGACAGCAUGCUUACAGCAUGACAGAGAAUGAGGAUUUCCGUAACUUAAUCAUUGGACUGCAGUACGCCGGCAUUCCCAGCAUCAACUCCCUGGAGUCCAUUUACAACCUCUGUGACAAACCCUGGGCAUUUGCAAGUCUGAUCAGCACAUGCAAGAAACUUGGACAGGAGAAAUUCCCAUUAAUUGAACAGACAUUCUAUCCCAAUUAUAAAGAAAUGGUGACUAUGCCAGCAUUUCCUGUUGUCGUGAAAAUUGGGCACGCUCACUCUGGUGUGGGGAAGGUGAAAGUGGAGAACCCCACAAAGUUUCAGGACAUAGCGGGUGUGGUGGCUAUCACUCAGACCUACAGCACAUCUGAACCUUUCAUCGAAGCCAAAUAUGACAUCAGGAUUCAGAAAAUAGGAAAUGAUUACAAAGCUUACAUGAGGACGUCAGUCUCAGGUAACUGGAAGUCCAACACUGGCACUGCCAUGGUGGAGCAGGUGGCGAUGACAGACAGUUAUAAGCUUUGGGUUGACACCUGCAGUGAAAUCUUUGGAGGCCUUGAAAUUUGUGCAGUUAAAGCUAUUCAUGGAAAAGAUGGAAAAGAUUACAUUACUGAGGUAAUGGGUUCAUCUAUGCCAUUAGUGGGAGACCAUCAAGCCGAGGACCAGCAGCUGAUAGCAGACAUGGUCAUUGCCAAAUUGAAUCAUGUUACAGCACAAAAUCCCAAAAGACCAACAGCUAUUCAACCAAGAAAGAAUGCUGUUGUGGUUGAAGUAAAUCACGACCCACCACAGAAAGCUCCUCCACAAGGCUGUUUGCAGUACAUUCUUGACUGCAAUGGUGUUGCUGUGGGUCCAAAAUUAGUGCAGGCAAACUAAUACAACCAUGAAAGCUCUAAGCAUUUAAACUCCCGACAGGUUGUGUUCAAACAUUCGGACAGUGUCCUGAGGUGUAAGGGAACAAAUAAUCUGAAUGAAAAGUCUUAAUUUGGGCCUGAUCGGUAUUUCAGGCUAUGCUGUGUAACUUUCACUGUUCUGCGCUUGUGAUGGUUGCUUUGUUUCUAUGUGAAGCGGUUGUCUCUUCAGGGUCGUUGUGUGGUAAUACAGCAGAUCGUGCCUAGUGUUCAGUGCCACUCUUUCCCAUGUACUUUUUUCUUGUUUUAUGUCUUGUGUUAUGUUUCAGUUAAUGGUGUUCAAAGAGUUAUAGUGUGUGUGUGUGUACCUGGUAUUCCCUAUGGUAAAGGGGAGCAAAAGUCACCACAAGGAUAGUAAUACCAGUAAAUUUUGACCUUGUGGGGACAAUUUAUUUUUUAUUUUUAAUCUUUAUUUUUGGUUUCCAUGAGGAAAUAAACUUAUAAAUCAAACAGAAUGAAGUUUUUUUUAAAAAAUGCAAAACGUUUUCUGUGAGGGGAAGGUUUGGGCUAAGGGGAUAGAAAAUAGUUUGUACAGUAUAAAACCAUUACACCUAUGAAAUGACCCCAUAAAACAUGGAAACCAGUGUGUGUGUGUGUGUGUGUGUGUGUGUGUGAAUGGUUGUAUUUAUAUAUGAAAGUAUGGAGGCUAUAAAAUAUAAGUGAACAUUUUAAUUGCAUGAUCAAAUGUGUGUGUCAUUGUGUGCUGAAAGGUAAUGUGUGUAUUUUAUUUUAUGACAUCACUGUUGAAGUAAUAGAUAUCAUACUGUAUGUACUUCUAGUAUUGUAAAUGUGUUACAAAAUAUGGUGAAAUGUGUUUGCUACAAUGGAUGAAAACUCAAUAAUCAACAUCAAUAAUGUUUUGUUCUUGUUACCAAUACUAUUGCAGAAAUGUAAUUAAAUAUAAAGCAAUAAAAUUAAAACUCUGAACAAACACA